AAAUUUAUUACGCUUUUCCUGAUUAAUUUUGUUUGUAUUAAGUUGUAAGAUGACCAACCAACUUAAUUAGACGCUCAAGAAUAAAACGCUUGAAGAAGCAACUGUUGCUUGCCUUUUUAUUCUUGGUGUUUUGUGUUUUCCUUUCUCCCCGUUUUCAGAAAUCCACUUCCGGUUGGUUUGUGGAACCGAACCGUCACAUUAUGUCCAUAGAGGAACAAGGGUAUAUAGCUGAUAAGCUUGCUAAAGCUGAGAAAAGAAUAAAAGCUUUUCCCUAUGAUACGGAAGCAUGGAGUAUAUUGAUACGAGACGCACAGAUGAAAAAGAUAGAAGAUGCAAGAAUAACAUAUGAGAAAUUGGUGGAACAGUUUCCGAACGCAGGCAAAUAUUGGAAGAUCUAUAUUGAACAUGAGUUAAAACAGAAAAAUUACGAGAGAGUAGAAAAGUUGUUUCAAAGAUGUCUGAUCAAGGUGCUAAAUAUAGAAUUAUGGAAGUUAUAUUUAAGUUAUAUCAAAGAAACCAAGGGUUCUCUCCCUUCUUACAGAGAGAAGAUGGCUCAAGCCUACGAUUUUGCUCUAGAGAAGAUUGGUAUGGAUAUACAGUCAUAUCAUCUAUGGGCAGAAUAUAUCCACUUUCUAAAAUCAGUUGAUGCUGUAGGAUCAUAUGCUCAGAAUCAGCGUAUAACAGCAGUACGUAAAGUAUAUCAGAGGGGAGUGGUCAAUCCUAUGGUUAAUAUUGAAAUACUGUGGAAAGAAUACUGUAAUUAUGAAACUAGUGUGAAUCCAUUAAUAGCCAAGAAGAUGACUGAAGAUAGAGGUAGAGAGUAUAUGAAUUCUAGACGUGUUGCUAAGGAAUAUGAGGUGGUAACUAGGGGUUUAGAUAGAAAUUCGCCUUCAGUUCCACCACAGAAUUCACCAGGAGAAUCAAAACAGGUUGAGUUAUGGAAGAAAUAUAUAGCAUUUGAAAAAGGAAAUCCACUACGAACUGAAGAUCAUACACUUAUUACUAAAAGAGUAAUGUUUGCGUAUGAGCAGUGUUUAUUGUGUCUGGGACAUCAUCCUGAUAUUUGGUAUGAAGCAGCAGCAUUUCUUGAACAAUCCAGUAAAAUAUUGGUUGAAAAAGGAGAUCAGAAUGCUGGUAAAAUGUUUGCCGAUGAGGCAGCGGCUAUCUAUGAAAGAGCUGUAUCAUCACUAAUGAAAAAAAAUGCCCUGAUAUAUUUUGCGUAUGCUGAUUUUGAAGAAGGUCGUAUGAAGUUUGAUAAGGUUCACAGUAUAUAUAAAAGAUUUAUAGCUCUUGAUGAUGUAGAUCCAACUUUGGCAUAUAUCCACUAUAUGAAGUUUGCUAGAAGAGCAGAAGGUAUAAAAGCUGCUAGAACUGUAUUUAAAGGUGCUAGAGAAGAUAAAAGAGCUAAUUAUCAAGUGUAUGUGGCAGCCUCUCUCAUGGAAUAUUACUGUAGCAAGGAGAAAACUGUAGCUUUAAAGAUAUUUGAAUUGGGAUUAAAGAAAUUUGGCCAGGAACCUCAGUAUUGUUUGGCUUAUAUAGAUUUUAUGGCCAGUUUAAACGAAGAUAACAAUACUCGUGUCCUGUUUGAAAGAAUUUUAUCAUCUGGUCAACUUCCUCCAGAAAAAUCCAUUGAAAUAUGGAGCCGGUUUUUAUCUUUUGAAUCACAAGUCGGAGAUUUAACUAGUAUUAUUAAAGUUGAAAAACGUAGAACACAAGUCAUAGAAAAGAUAAAAGAAUUCCAAGAGAAAGAAACAGCAUUAUUAAUAGAUAGAUAUAAGUAUAUAGAUCUCCUACCAUGUUCUGAUGGUGAAUUAAAAGCUUUAGGCUACUGGGAUCUGAUGAAGCACAAUGUAUUACCAGUGUCAUUAGAUGUUGUUAAACAAGUUAUGAUAAAUGGGGCAGCUGAUGAUGACGAUAACCCGAAAUUCCCUAAACCUGAUUUAGAUCAGUUACUUCCCUUUAAACCUAAAUGUAUAGCUCCUUUUGGUGCCCAUAUAGUACCUGGUGGAGUAUUUCAGAUGCCUUUACAAGCUAAUGAUUUAAUAGCUAUUUUACCUCCUCCCAACUGUUUUAAUGGUCCUUUUGUUAUAAUGGAUAAAUUCUUAGAACACAUGAAACGGCUCAAAAUACCAGACGGACCAAGUGGAGUACCCAAUGGAGUGAACGGAAAAUUAAAUUUAGAUCUCGGAACUCGAUAUUCAAUAGAAAUAGCAGCAGGAUUACGGAAACGAAAAGCAGCAGGAGAUGCUGACAGUGAUGAUGAGGGUGGAACUGACCCGAUGGCACCAGCUAAUGACAUUUACCGCAGUAGACAGCAGAAAAAAAUAAAAUGAAAGUAGAGGACAUUACUAUCAAACAAAUUGAAAGUAGAGGACACUUAUAAGAUAAAGUGGAAGUAUGGAACAUUUCUAUCAACAUGAGUAAAAAAAAAUUGAAAAGUACAAGACAUAACUUUCAAACAAAUUGGAAGUAGAAUUCAUUUAAGACAGUAAAAGUACAAAACGUAACCAUCAAACAAAAUGAAAGUUGAAGUUAUUGAGUGGAUAGAGUGAAUUGUGCAUUUAUGUUUUUAUUAUGCUAAUUGUUAAAGUGACUGUGGUAAUGAAAAAACCCCUUUAAAUUGUGUUUAAUUUAAGAUAACCAUCAGAUCCACUUUAAGACAAUUUUUAAAGCAAAUAGUAAAAAAUUAAAAAUUUUUAUUGGUACUUACUACUUACAAACUGCUCUCGUUUGUGUUUGAAUCAGCCUUUUAUCUGCAUCAAUGCCUUUGCUUAACUACAAUUUGACUUACUCUUUCUACAAUUGAGUUUGUUUAUUCAACAUGUAAAUAGGAAAGGUGGUUGUAUCUUAUUAUUGUGUUAAAUGUUCGAAUGAAAACGUGCUCCAAGUUUUAUGCGUGAAGAUGUUUAGAAGAUUAGCUUAGUCGAGUAAAAAAUAUUUGUGCUCAUCUUUUAAUGUUGAAAGGCUUCAUCAUGAGCAAUCCACUUUAUUGUUAGGUGUAGAAUAAAUAGUGAUAAAACCACAUGGGCUAGUCUUAUAUUGUGUGAAUGACUAUUUAAACUACCCAAAAAUUAAUGGGUAUCUUCCCAUAAUGUGCAAAAAUAUUUUUGCUUGACUUUGCUUGUCUUAUAUGAUCAUCAGAUGUUCGCAAACAUCCAGUUGGAUUACAGAAUUUCAUUUUAAUGUUAUCUUAAAAGUUGUUGAUUGUUUAUUUUUAUUUGUCAAUAAUAAACAUUUUGUAUAAGAAA